AUGGGUGAACUCCAAGGACGGCCGUUGAUCCUCACUGUCAGCGUGCUGACCUCGUUGGGCUUCAUGCUCAUCGGGUUUGACAAUGGGUUGAUGGGCGGACUUGUAAAUACGCCUUCGUUUAACCUGACCUUCAACUCUCCCGACUCGACUAUGACCGGAUUAAUUGUUGCCAUUUACGAGAUCGGUUGUUUCAUCGGGUCUGUGACAACGGCAUUUGUAGGAGAGAGGUUGGGUCGCCGUAAGACCGUUGCUAUCGGCUGCGCAAUCAUGGUCGUCGGCGCUGUUUUACAAGCUUCUUCAUACACCCGAGCUCAAAUGAUCGUGGGUCGAGUGGUGUCGGGCGUUGGGAUGGGAAUGAUUAACUCCACCGUCCCCGUGAUCCAGGCAGAGUUUAGCCCCAAAUCAAGCCGUGGUAUCUAUGUCUGCGCUCAGCUUUCCACUCUCAACUUCGGUAUUUUCCUCGUCCACUGGAUCGACUACGCCUUCUCGAGCCACACAGCAAGCUACGCCUGGAGGAUUCCGGUGAUACUCCAAUGCAUAUGCAUCAUUCCGAUGUUCUUCAUCCUUCUCAUCAUACCCGAGACCCCACGAUGGCUUGCGGCACACGACAAACCCGAAGAGUGCUACGCCGUCCUUAAGCGUAUCAAGGGAGCCGACGAUGGCGAUGAGCAAGAUAUCCAACGCCUCCAUGGUGCGAUCCUUGAGACUGUAGCAUAUGAGGCCUCCAUUGGUGCUGGUUCCUGGAAAGAUGUUUUGAAAGAGGAUAGUAUCAAGAGCCGUAGGAGGCUCCUGAUCGCUUGCGGUAUUCAGGCCUUCCAGCAGCUUGGUGGUAUCAACGCAAUCAUUUACUACAGCGGAACUCUGUUUCAGAAGAGCGUCGGAUUCAGCAGCAAUAUGUCUGCUCUCAUGUCUGGCUUCUUGCAGACUUGGUUCUUCGUCGCGUCGUUUAUCCCUUGGUUCCUUAUUGACCGAGUCGGCAGACGUCCCCUGCUCCUCUCGAUGAUCAGUCUCAUGGCUGCCGUCAUGGUGGUCCAGUCAGCUCUGAUAUACCAAGUUGAGAACGCAACAGCAAUUGCUCGUGCAGCUGGUAUUGGUGCUGCGGCAAUGCUAUUCGUCUUCCAAGGGGCUUUUACAGUUGGGUUCCAAGCAACGGUUUGGGUUUAUCCAUCCGAGAUUCUCCCCUUACGCCUGCGACAGCGAGGAUCGUCGAUAUCGACGGCAUCGAAUUGGAUUUUCAAUUAUAUGAUUGUGCAAAUUACCCCUAUCGCCAUCACCAACAUUGGGUGGAGAACUUACAUCAUAUUCGCGACUCUGAAUGCUUCAUUUGUCCCGAUUAUUUAUUUAUUUUUCCCUGAGACGAAAGGCCUGGAACUGGAAGACAUGGACCGUGUUUUCGCUACGGAUGGCGCACCAUUCUUGCACGAGGACAAGGCGGAUGACACCCAGAUUGAAGAUGUCCACACAUAUGGGAAAGUCUGA